UUGUUUUUAUUAUUAUUAUUAUUCAUUUUAGCAACUGAUUUAUUGUGUUUUACUUUAUUUUAUGAGCUUAGGGUUUUUUUCUUCUUCUUUUAUAUCUAUUGCGAAGAUCUAUUAUCUCCUGCAUAUCGCCAUCUUGUUGAUAAUAGUUUUACAGAAGUUAUUAGGAUGAGCUAUUUUGUUGUUCGAUUGUUUUCUUGGAUUCAUUUAAGCAACUGAUUUAUUAUGUUUUACUUUGUUUGUGAGUUUAGGGUUUUUGGAUCUAUUUUGAAGAUCUAUAUCUUAUUCGAUUGAUUCAUAGUUGUAUAUCGCUAUCUUCCUUUUUUUAUAGUUAGGUUGCAAGGAGAAUUGAACUCAACAUAUCACUAUCUUGUUGAGAAUAGUUUUACAGAAGGUAUCAGGAUGAUCCUAUUUCAUUGUUCAAUUGUUUUUUUGGAUUCAUUUUAGCAAUUGAUUUAUUGUGUUUUACUUUUUUUUUGUUAAAUCUAUUGCAAAUAUAUAUUAUCUUAUUCGAUUGAUUCAUAAGUUGCAUAUCGCCAUCUUGUUGAUAAUAUUUUUACAAAAGGUAUCGCGAUGACCUAUUUUGUUGUUCGAUUGUUUUCUUGGAUUCAUUUUAGUAACUGAUUUAUUGUGUUUUACUUUAUUUGCCGAGUUUAGGGUUUUUGGAUCUAUUAUGAAGAUCUGUAUCUUCUUCGAUUGAUUCAUAAUUUGCAUAUCUCUAUCUUGUUGACAAUAGUUUCACAUAAGGUAUCAGGAUGAGUUAUUUUGUUGUUCAAUUGUUUUAUUUGAUUCAUUUUAGCAACCGAUUUAUUGUGUUUUUUCUUUAUUUGCCAAGUUUAGGGUUUUGGAUCUAUUAUGGAGAUCUAUAUCUUCUUCGAUUGAUUCAUAAUUUGCAUGUCGCUAUCUUGUUGACAAUAGUCUACAGAAGGUAUCAGGAUGAGGCUAUUUUAUUGCUUGAAUUUUUUUUAUUCAUUUUUAGCAACUAAUUAAUUGUGCUUUACUUGAUCCAUUGAGUUUAGGGUUUGUUGGAUCUAUUGCAAAGGUCUAUUAUCUUCUUCUAUUGAUUCAAGAAUUGCAUAUCGCUAUCUUGUUGAUUAUAGUUUUACAUGGGGUACCAAUAUAAGCCUGUGUUAUUUUUUAGUUGUUUUUUGGAUGCAUUUUAUUGACUAAUCUAGUGUGUUUUACUUGAUCUACUGAGUUUAGGGUUUUUGGAUCUAUUACGAAGAUAUACUAACCACAAAGGAUUUAAAGACCAGUUUAUCAAUUAGAGGUUUCAAUUAGAUCUGUUAAAACCCUAGAAUUCAAAAUUUCUUUCCAAGUUUCUUUCAACUGUGGAGUUUGGAUUUGGAGGCGGUUUUCUUGUGGGUAGGGAGCCUUUUUUUAAUGCCUUCAGAUUCAAUCCUGGAAGAUUUGGCUGACAGGCGUCAGAGCAGGUUAAUCCAGUGGUUUAGUUGGUUUAGUUUAAAAUUCAGAGAAAGAACUUUUGGAUGGAAGAAGGUGUAGACUGCUUAACAGUGGUAACGGAUGGGGAGAUGCAAUUGGGUGAUUCAUCCAAAUCUGAAGUAAAGCGUGAUCAUGAGUGGGUUGCAGACGCUAUCGAAUCAGAGUCCUUUCCCAACAAGAAGCAAGCAAAAGAAUCCUCAAAUGAUGACCUGAACUCUGAAGUUUUGAAUUCAAAUGUCUCUCCAAAAGAGAACACAGCCAGCUGUCAGACCUUUUCGACCCAACCGGCCGAGUUGGAGAGGGAGCACAAUUUGGGAGGUGGUGGUGUUACAUCUAGUAGCACAGAGAAUUCAAGUAUGGAGAGCAGGAGCGAUGAGGAGCAUAAUAUUGAUGACUCUGCUGUUGCUGUAUCUACUUCUCUAGUUAUAAUGGAAGUUCCAAAACCUUCCAGUUCCACUGGGAUUAGGAGAAUAAUAUUCAAGUUCAGCAAGAGCAAGGAGGACUAUACACCAUCUGCUCCAGCAGGUCAGCCUGUAAGCAAUGGGGUUGACAAUAACCUCACUUAUGGUGGAUUUCGGGAGUAUCAUGGGAUGAAGUUGGAUAAUUCAAGUGCAGACGGGCUAGUGUGUACUCCUAGAAAAUAUUACUCUGAAGCAGCGGGGAACAUGCUUACAUGUUCUCCUAAAAGGAAGAUGGAAUUGAAAAUGUCCAAGAAGGUUGCCACGAACAGCUACCCUAUGAAUGUCAAAAGGUUGCUAUCAACUGGCGUUCUUGAAGGAGCUCGUGUGAAGUAUAUGUCCUUUACUCAGGAGACAGAGCUUCUUGGCAUUGUGAAAGGUUCUGGAUAUUUGUGUGGUUGUCCACUAUGUAAUUUUUCUGAGGUUCUUAAUGCUUAUGAGUUUGAGAAGCAUGCAGGGUGCAGAACCAAACAUCCAAAUGAUAAUAUAUUCCUGGUGAAUGGGAAGUCCAUUUAUAGUAUUGUCCAAGAGUUGAGACGAACACCGCUCAACUUGUUGCAUGAAGUGAUUCGAAGUGUUGUUGGAUCAUCAAUUAAUGAGAAGUUUUACCUGGUCUGGAAAGAAUCACUCCAAGCGUCAAAUCUUCAGGAAAUUGGUGAAAAGUUUGAAACAGAAAGACAGUCUCAACUGGAGCUUCUUGACCUGUAUAAUCCAAUUGAAAGCUGUCCUAGUGACUCUGGUGAUGACAGCACUGGCCUUUCUUCAAGUUACUUGAUGCCAGAGUUUCCUAUCAAAGAGAGGUUCCAUGUGAAGCAAAAGAGACCAAGAGGGAGAAAACGCAUGGUUAAAAAGUCAAACUGCAGCAGUUAUAACUCAGUUGUGGGACAGAAGAAAACUACUGGAGGUGGGGUUAAGAAAAGGGAUAAUGAUCUACACCGAUUACUUUUCCUGCCAAAUGGGCUUCCAGAUGGAGUAGAGCUGGCUUAUUUUUCCAAAGGACAGAGGUUACUUCAAGGCUAUAAGCAAGGAAAUGGCAUAGUUUGUAGUUGCUGUAAUAGUGAGAUUAGCCCCUCGCAGUUUGAAGCUCAUGCUGGAUGGGCUGCUAGGCGUCAACCAUACCGUCACAUCUAUACUACAAAUGGAAUAUCGCUUCAUGAUCUUUCAAUUUCAUUAGCAAGCGGGCACAGUCUCACUGCAAGUGACAAUGAUGAUAUAUGUACAGUUUGCGGAGAAGUAGGAGAUUUGGUCCUUUGUGAUGGAUGUCCUCGAGCAUUUCAUGCAGCUUGUUUGGAACUGCAGAACUUCCCAGAAGGUGAUUGGCAUUGUCCAUAUUGCAAAGAUAGAUUUGGCUCCGGCAGAAAUGCACCUACUAUGAAGGCAAUUACAAUCAGGAUGACAAGAGUUGUCAGAGAACCAGGAACCGAAAUAGGUGGUUGUGCUUUUUGCAGGGCUCAUGACUUCAGUGUCUCAAAAUUUGAUGAGCGAACGGUUUUGCUCUGUGACCAAUGUGAGAGGGAGUUCCAUGUUGGGUGUUUGAGGGAACGUGGACUGUGUGAUUUGAAGGAACUUCCGAAGGGCAAGUGGUUUUGCUGUGACGACUGCAGUAGGAUCCAUUGUGCUUUACAGAACUUAAUUCUCCGUGGAGCAGAGAUGAUUCCAAGUUCAGUUUCAGGUGUGAUAAAGAGGAAGCUCAUAGAGAAAGGCCUAGUUGAAGCAACUGAAGAUAAUGUGCAUUGGCAACUCUUAAGCGGAAAAAAUGGCUUUCCGGACCAUCGAUUGCUUCUUUCCAAGGCUGCUGCAAUCUUUAGAGAUGGGUUUGAGCCUAUAACUGAAAGGUCUGGUCGUGAUCUAGUACCUGCUAUGGUCUAUGGAAGAAAUAUAGCUGGCCAGGAAUUUGGAGGGAUGUACUGUGUUGUUUUAUGUGUAAAGUCAGUUGUUGUAACUGCUGGAAUUCUCAGAAUUUUCGGUCAGCAGGUUGCAGAACUUCCUCUGGUAGCUACAAGAAGAGGAAACCGAGGAAAGGGUUAUUUCCAAGCAUUGUUUGCUUGUGUAGAGAGGUUGUUGUUUUCCUUGAAUGUGAAAAACCUUGUACUACCUGCUGCUGAGGAUGCCGAAUCGAUCUGGACUAAUAAAUUAGGCUUUAGAAAGAUGACUGAGGAGCAAUUAUUAAAGUAUACGAAGGACUUCCAGUUGAUGGGUUUCCUGGGAACUUCAAUGUUAGAGAAGGAGGUGUCGCGGUUUACAGAUUAACAGUUUCCCUCACCUCAUUUGGAGUUUCAUCAGGUUUUGGUGUAAUUGGAUUUUAUUUUAUUUUAUUUUUAUUAAAUUCCUUUCUUUUUGCUGCUAUUUUGUUUGUAAGCAGCAUGAAUUAUUGUUUUAAGGAUGAAAAUUUGUAGAGUUUGUUGUAAUGUAAGAUCAACUAAAGAAAAGAAAAGGAAAAAAAUAGGGGUUGGGGGGAGGGGGGAGGAAAUAAAUUCGAGUUAGAAAAGAUGGAUGUACAUAAACUUUGACAGGAGAAGCCAAUACCAGUGCAGCUGACAUUUAUUCUUGCA